UUAGAGUAUCUACCCAUACAGAAUGUUCACAAGAUUCACGUCCGGCUUAAAGCCUUUAAGGAUAUCAGUGCAGGCCAUUAGGACGUUCAUUCCUACUGUCAAAGCCUCUUCUCAAACGCCCACUGUGUUUGAACCUUUACCUUCAAAAAGAAACGGCCAAAGCGUCAUGAAAUACUUACACGAAAAACUCACGAAGAAGUACGACCCAACGGGCAAAAGAACAGCCUUGGUAGACCAACAGAAAGGGUUGAGAUCUGGAGAUAUCAUCAAAGUUACCUACUUGGAUAGAACCAGUGUGGUGGGACAAAUCAUUGCCAUCAAAAGAUCCGUAAGAAACGUGGGAACCAACAUAUUGCUCAGAAACAAAAUCAACAAGUUGGGGGUGGAGGUCAGAAUUCCCUUGUACAACCCCAAGAUCAGAAACAUCGAGGUGUUGUACAAACCCAAGAAAUACAUGCCUAGAAGAAAGCACUUUUACAUCAGAAACACCAAGUACGACGUGGGUGACGUGGAGGCUUUCUUGAGCAGAGAAAAGAGAAAGCAAGACCUGUAAAUAGAUAGACCUUUUUUAUCAUUAUUCAUAUACAUAUACUGUUAAGGGCUGAUAUCACUAUCACUAUUAUCUUGCAACCCCCUCAACCGUUCAGCGAGCUGAUCACCAAACCGCUUGCGGAAACAUGCCGAGGUUUCAGUCAUUAGUGCUUCAAAUGUCUCGAAGUGUUUGGAAGGGUUAUCUAAGAUGUACCAACCUCUUAGCUCCACCGAGAUGUCUUUGGUUUGUCCCUCUCCGAACUUAACCCGAAGAUGGCUGGGCUUUCGGCCCAAUACGUUCAUCACGUCACCCAUGAACUCAUAGGAUAAGCGUAAUUCAAGGACGUCAAAAAACGACUGAUAUUCCCGGUGGAUGGUUGAUAGUUCGGUGUUCUUUUGGUGCAAGUCCAUGUUAAUUUUCAGUCUCAAACCGCACUGAGGCAUACAUAUAACCCCGGUGGUCACGACGACAGUUACCACCACGCUGGUGGCACCACAUUCCGCUCGAGCCGCUCCAGGGACAAAAGCUUCACCAUUGUAUAUGAUUUUGCCAGCUUACAUUUACAAGAAAUUCUACUGAAUUUAGACACAACUGAUUCCCAAUAUUCCAUCAUGAUGUCAAUACCAGGCGCCCAGAAACGUGCUCCACGAGGGUUACUCUACGCGUUUAUCCACUUGUGAACCUUAUCAAAAUAGCUACAGAAGAGUUACUUUGACACCAGGGUGGAUAUGCGAUUGAUGUUAGA